AUGUUCCAGCCCGAGGAGGAGGAUUUCUUGGCCAUCAAGGGGGAACUAUGGAUGUGCGCUGAUAGUGAGAAGCCUUAUAAGGUUGGCGCGGGGAGGGGCUCUAAAAAUUACGUUUGCAUUGAGGACGACCGCUUCUACGUCUAUUCAACACGUAGCACACAGUCGCGUCUGAUAAAAGAGGUUGCAUUUCGAUCCAUGAAGCGGGUGGCGUGGUUCACUCACAACCCGAAGCCGCCGGUGUCAGGUGGACCACAUGGUGUGGCACCGCACCCCCAACGUGGGGCACGCGGAGCAGCCGUGAAUCAGCCGCCGCAGUAUUACUACAUGGUGUUGGAGUUUAUUCGCGACAACACCGUGGAGGGGACCGAGCGGCUGGCAAAGCGUGAGCGUGUCGUGUUAUGCACCGAGAACGCACAGGAUUUUCAAAUUUGGCAGCAGUUUGUGGAGAUGUACAAGUGUACGCAGGAACGCCCGCCUCCCGAGAUUCUGUUGGGGCGGUCAAGGAAAAGGAUUACUGCAGCCUUGGACGUCGACCACGAUGAAACCACAAGUGAAGAUGUGGAGGAUAAGUUGGUGGAAUGGGUAGAUGCGGUGCAACAAUGGAGAGAGCGGGCGAUAAGUCUCCUCAACGAGGCGUCACGGGUGGUGGACCCCGCAGCAAGCAGCGGGCACGAAGUAUCUAUUAGUGUAGAGCAAAUGAAUAACAGGACGUGGAAAAAACAUGCGGAUGAGCUGCUUGAUAAACUUAAAAACAAUACCGCCAAUCACCUUCCUGGCUCGGAUCUUCCACCUCGUGAAAAGGAUCCAACACGUAUAGUUGAGUUAUGGAAUGCCCUUUACGAUAGGCAUGUUCCUAAUAGCAGUCCGCGAGUACCCGACAGGGACAAAUGCCAACUAGAGGAGGAAGAAGAACAACAACAAAAGCGACGUGUAAAAUACAUAGAUGACCUUUUACUAAAGUCAAAGUUGUCAUUGGCGGCUGUACCCUUACCGAGUAAGGCCGCUGAUGUAUCUCAUCUAGACGACUUGGAAAAGGCAUGUCUAGAUAUGGUGAGGGGAUAUGAGUCUAGGUGGGGUGCCAUAGAGACGAAGGAAGCCAGUGAGGGCCACCACACUGGUGUUGUGGCGUUGGCCGAUAAAAUUAAACAAAUAUGUGAGACACUACGUCGAGGUGUGAAAACGGCUUCACAGGAAGAAGAUGCGGAUAACAUGUUAGCUGAACUCCGUGCUGCUCGUCGUGCCUUAGAGGUGGCGCCUGCCACACCGCGGGACACACUACAAGAAGUGCGUCAAAAUAAAAAUAUAGAACGUGUAGCGAAAGAGGCGCUUCUUUGUUUUACAAAAGCAGUAGUGAAACUCUUGCAAUUAUGCUACGAAGAGUAUGCAUCGCUUCGAGACCAUAUCCUCUCUGCACUGCGUGGAAGCAAUGCUGGUGGAGACAUGCUUGUCAUAAACUCAGCGCACUUUGAGGUGGUCAAGGCAUUAGAGGAAGAACGACGAGCAGCGAAGAGCAAACAAGAGGCACUGGAGACACUUAUGCAGGAACUAGAACUUGUAAGGCGUGAACGUGACGUGGAAAUUGGGGCGUUAGAGCAAAAUUUUUCCCGGGCAAAGAACGGGUGGGGAAAUGAUCUUUCGGUACUGCAGGCAAAACUUACGGCGUUACAGAGUUCCAUGACACGAACAGCGGUUGUGGUGCCUGCUGAAAACGCGGUUUUGGUCUCACCUCGAGGAGCAUUGUAUGGCGACAAAGAGGAAGAUGUGGCGGAACUAACUCAAGACGCAGACAGAGAUGAAGUAGAUAGUGCAAUUACCCGAUGGGCGACGCAACUUGUUUCCAAUGGAGACGAAGUGCCAGGGACUGUCGUCGCCAUGCGGCUGCAGCGGUUCUUCUGUUGGGCACUCCGGAGUGUUGUGCCUCUCUGUGCUGGGCGUGAUACGAACUGUAUUCUAGAGCUUGUCAUGUGGGCAUUGGGGAAUCACCUAACACUUCUUCAAACUGCUGCACGUGUCUUUGGUAGUCAGGCAAUAGGUGCAGACAAUGAUGAGGCGAGAGAUCUUUGCAGUUCCAUUCAGGCACUCCAUGACAACCACAUUCAACUAGAGCAAAUUGUAGAAUGCUAUGCAAGCGUUAUAUGCCCUAGCAACAUAACGGGAAACGUCAACUUUACGGAAGUACGAAGUCGCCUUCAGUCCCUCCGCGACACUGAGGAGUUACUGGAAAACAUUCACACACUUCUUGAAACCACGAAUGAAAACAUAGUGGAAACCAUUAUGACAUUAAUGCGUAACAGCGAGGACCUUGACACCAUUAAGAAGGUUACUGGACAUCACAGCAACGUUGUUCAAAGUAUUGUCGAUCAACGGGGUGAACUUCAACAUCUAAAGUGUGCACUACAGCAAUUGCUAGACAAGGAUGAAGACAUGCACUCCACUACGGAAGAGUUACUUAAUCAACUACCAGAACUUCAAAACACACAAAAAGCACUUAAACAUACGCAAAGCUUAUUAGAAGCAACUAGUCAGCUAGCAUACACUUUAGCUGCAGAAUCAAUACUGCAACAAGAGGAAUUCAGGGAAAGGCUACUGAUCACGCAUGACUACUACGCACGACAUCCACUUCACAGUAACCAACAUGCAGUCGUCACCGAGGCCUCACUUGCAACAAUGAUCAAUUCUACACCAAGAGAAACAGUAAAUAAACUAAUGGACAUUUUGAAAGAACUAAGACACAGUAAGUCACUGUUAGGCGAAGAAGAUAUCAACACAGCAUACCCAUCUUGGAAAAAAGUCAACAACCAA